AUGAGAGAUCGGCCUGUCUUCAGCAUCGAAAACUACACCGUAUACUGCGGCGAUGCUGAUGAGAACGAAGUAAGUGACUGUGCGAUAGCUGUGAUGAACGAUUACAAGAACCUGGUGGAGGAAUUCGGCUCAACGUCGUCUAGAUGCGCCUUUCUACGACUGCGGGAUCGCAGAGGACGUAAACUCUGGAUCGUAAAUGCUAACGCAUCUACGGAAACCACUAAGGACAACACUAAGGACGCCUUCUAUGAUGAACUCAAUGCGUUGAUGUUUAAAAUACCAAGCCAGCAGCUGGUCAUUGUCGGAAUCGACGCAAAUGCGAAGAUGGGACUUGAACAGAAAUCCGAUGCGCUAGGAAAAUGGCACUACCCAGCGGAGCGCACGUCGCACAACGGUGACCGUCUGGUCGACUCGUGCGAACAGACGGGCCUCAUCAUCGCUUCCACGUUUAAGAGGAAUCAUCGACGCCGUCAGCUCACGUGGCAGGGUUCAACCCUUUUAACGUCUGAGAAGCUGCGCAAGCGGAAGAUGGGGACUCUUCAACUUCAGCUCGACUACGGUCUGGCGAGGAACAUUCCUCAGUCAGAUGUCCGAAAAUCUAGAGCAGUUUGA